GAAAAACCCAGUAGAUCCACGAUCCUCGUACUCAAGAGUCUUCGGUCUCCCCGUGAGUGGGAUUCUGAGCGUUGUUGUUCCGUCUAGGGGUCGGGGCACUUCCCGGGGCUUCCCGCCACGUGAGUCACAUCGGGCAGGGACCGCUGAGGUGCAUUCCUCUGCAGGCAGGGCCGGAGCCCGGGCGGGGAGGGGACUGCAAGUCACUCCACCUGGCAGCUGGGACGUUGGGGCUGGAGGGAAGGCUUGGGGCUCCCGUCAGUGAGGCGCCAAGCAGUUCUCGCCCCCCACCCUCCGUCCUCCGAUAAGCGGUAGCUUUAAGCAAUGGGUAAGGGGCAGCCUGGGGCGGUUGGUGGGGGUCAGCUCCGAGAGGCUGCCUGGGUAGGAGAGUGCCCGACUUCGGGGCGUGUCUGGGCCGCGGGGCGGAGUCCUUAUAAAGACCACGCCGAGGCCGCGGCCCGCAGCAGUGCGAGCGCAUUUGGUGCAACCUUUCGAAAUGGCUUCGAACAAAACCGAGAAGACCUCCGACGAGAUUCUUUGCGAGGGCGAGCUGGAGAAGCGAAGCGACAGCCUGUUCCAGGUCUGGAAGAAGAAGCGCUGCGUGCUCACCGCCGACCGCCUGCGCCUCUUCUCCGGGAACAGCGGGCGCGUCAAGGAGCUGUGCUUCAACACCAUCCUCAAGGUGGACUGCGUGGAGCACACCUCCAAGUACGUGUACUUCACCAUCGUCACCAACUUUUACAAGGAGAUCGACUUCCGCUGCACAGGCCGGAGCUGCUGGAAUGCGGCCAUCACCAUGGCGCUGAUCGACUUCCAGAACCGUCGGGCGCUGGAAGACUUUCGCCGCUGCCGCUACCGAUAUCAGCGCUCUGCGUCUGAAACGCAGUCCGAGCCGGGAGAGCGGAGAGCUCUGGGUCCGUGAAACGCACGGGACCAGUUGAGCCGGGAACCAGCCCACGCUGCCGCAUCAGACAGGAGCCCAGGAGCCCAGGGGAUGGAUGCCCCGGGUGACGCCGCCGCUGCUCUUCACCGAAGAUAUUCCCGUGCUUGCUGAGCCUUGCCCCCGCUGUGCGGGUGCGCUAACUUAUUGGACCGUAUUUAUAUUGGUUACCUACUUCCAACCCACCAUUCCGUGUUAAUAUUUUUUAUACCAUAUUUUCAUUCCAAAUAAACAAUGCCAUUUCUCUUUUUUUUUUAAA